GCGAGCAACUUUCAGCGUUAAGGGUGGACGUGAUAUUUCAAACAUCAGAUCAGUGCGUUUAUGUAUUGGGUGCCCGGAAAUUUUUCCAAAUAAACACAGCUUGAUUCGACUUGGGUGGGCAGACUUAUCAACAGACUAAUUCUAUAAACAAAUGAAGGAAUAACCGAGCACACCAUUGGCUGGUAGGCAGGGAACACGCGAGGAGAGAGAGGGAGAGACUCGAGGCUUUCGGCAAUGAAAAUUUAAUUAAUGUGGGUGGGCUGAGGGAACACAACGGGUGUUUAUCAUAGACAAUUUAUUUUCCAGCGCUAAGUCAACAUAAAACAGCAAAACGGACAACAAUUAUUUAACAUUUCAGACUCAUGAAGCGGACACACCGGUGGCGAGCUCCCCAGACUGAAACUGUCCUCCGAAGUCAUGAGUUUAUACCACAGCCAUGUGCCACAGUCCGGCGUGGCUGCCUCGGCUCUCACUUUAUCGAACUCCUCCCUGAUCUAUGUUUACGGCGGUGAAGUUGGAGGCAUCAUUCCCGCUUUGGGAUUCGCGUCAAGCCGGCAGGAGCCUCCUCAGAAACCUCCUUACAGCUACAUCGCGCUCAUCGCAAUGGCAAUCAAGAACGCGCCGGACAAGCGCGCGACUUUGAGCGGGAUCUAUCAGUUCAUCAUGGACCGCUUCCCCUAUUAUCAUGACAACAAGCAGGGCUGGCAGAACUCGAUCCGCCACAACCUUUCGCUGAACGACUGCUUCAUCAAAGUGCCCAGAGAAAAAGGACGACCGGGGAAGGGCAGCUACUGGACGCUGGACACCAAAUGCCUGGACAUGUUCGAGAACGGAAACUACCGGCGACGGAAGAGAAAGUGCAGGACUCAGGAAACGGGAGAGAUUAGAUUUGGACAUAAGAGAACCCGAGUGACGACCCUGAACUCCAAACUUAAUCAAAGCGCCCAUUUGGAGAAAGAGUCACCACUUAAGGACUCAGAAACGAACAAGCGGCAACACGAAAAACAUCCUGAAAGAGAUCUAAACAUCCAUGAGAAGUUUAACGGCACCCAACAACAAAAUAGAGAGGCUAAUGUGACCACACACGCCUCUGACUCCACGAAAGACUGGUGUUUAGCACCCUCGACCACAGCGGGCUCUAACCCAAGAUGCCCGAGGCCCGAUCAGGCCAGCACAGUGUCUCUAAACAAUCUAAAUGGCACAAACACUGCGCCUUUAAACGCGCGAGAGACGCCGGUAUCCGUGACGAGUGAUAUUGGAAGCGCGCAAACCGGAGACGCCAAAGCCAAAGAAACGAAUGCUCAGACACACCCUCGAAAAACAACAGACAAAUCGAAGGAGUUUAGCAUCGACAGUAUUCUGUCAAAAAAGGAGAACCAGUCCCAAAGAAGGUGCGGCGUUGCUGGAGGAGCGCAGGUCGCGUGUUUGGAGUCGCGCGGUUACGCGCUCACGUCGUCGCUGAUCACACACGCGCACCCAGAGCUGUACCCGCGCGGAUUCCCGCUCUGCUCCUACCUGUCUCUCACCUGUCCAGACAAAAUACUGAACUUCAGAGAGAAAACAGAUGAGAAAUUAUUCUUUUGACGAAUACCAGUCCGUAGCAAAGCAAUUCAAUCAGCUAAUAAUUAUUAAUCGCAAACAAACAGAUCUAUACUUAAAAAGAUCUAUCAAGCGGUCAGGCUAAAUCUAUUAUUAUUAUUAUUAUUUCUAUUACUAUUAUUGUUGUUGUGGAAUUCAACAUGGGUUGCCACUCUAAAGAACAGUAUACUAACAGUAGUUAAUUCUAAUGAUGAUGUUUAUUUGUA